AUGCAGCCAGGGGCCACGACGUGCACGGAGGACCGCAUCCAGCACGCCCUGGAGCGCUGCUUGCACGGGCUCAGCCUCAGCCGCCGCUCCACCUCCUGGUCAGCUGGGCUGUGUCUCAACUGCUGGAGCCUGCAGGAGCUAGUCAGCAGGGAUCCAGGCCACUUCCUUAUCCUCCUGGAGCAGAUCCUGCAGAAAACCCGCGAGGUCCAAGAGAAGGGCACCUAUGACCUCCUCGCCCCCCUGGCUCUGCUGUUCUACUCCACUGUCCUCUGUACUCCACACUUCCCACCAGACUCAGAUCUCCUUCUGAAAGCCGCCAAAACCUACCACCGAUUCCUGACCUGGCCCGUUCCUUACUGUAGCAUCUGCCAGGAACUGCUCACCUUCAUCGAUGCUGAACUGAAGGCCCCAGGAAUCUCCUACCAGCGACUGGUGAGGGCCGAGCAGGGCCUGUCCACUAGGAGUCAUCGCAGCUCCACUGUCACCGUACUGUUGCUGAACCCGGUGGAGGUGCAGGCCGAGUUCCUCACCGUGGCCGACAAGCUGAGCACGCCUGGGCACUCCCCGCACAGCGCCUACACCACCCUGCUCCUGCACGCCUUCCAGGCCACCUUUGGGGCCCACUGCGACCUCCCAGGUCUGCACUGCCAGCUGCAGUCCAAGACCCUGGCAGAGCUCGAGGACAUCUUCAUGGAGACGGCAGAAGCACAGGAACUGGCAUCUGGCAUCGGGGAUGCAGCUGAGGCCCGGCAGUGGCUCAGGACCAAGCUGCAGGCGGUGGGGGAGAAAGCCGGCUUCCUUGGUGCCUUAGACACUGCACAACCUGGCAAGCUCCGUACCAUCCCCAUCCCUGUCGCCAGGUGCUACACCUACAGCUGGAACCAGGACAGCUUCGACGUCCUGCAGGAAAUCCUGCUCAAGGAGCAGGAGCUGCUCCAACCAGGAAUCCUGGGGGACGAGGAGGACGUGGAAACCGAGGGGCAUCGUGCCGAGAGGGACUCGCUGCUCUCCACCAGCUCGGCAGCCUUGCACGACUCCACCCUGUCCCUUGCCUCAUCCCAGGCCUCGGGACCCAGCCUCUCCCACCGGCUGCUGAGCUCUUUUGUCUCGGGCCUCUCUGACGGUGUGGACAGCGGCUACAUGGAGGACAGCCAGGACAGCUCGUUCGAGUGGCCCAAGAGGCCUGGCAGCCAGGAGCGCCGGGCCCACCACAGGCCCGGGCAGUUCAACAGGAUCUAUAAACUCUUCAAGAGCACCAGCCAGCUGGUGCUGCGCAGGGACUCCCGGACCCCGGAGGGCGGCCCGGACGGCGCCCCGCCCCUGCGGCGGGCCGGCAGCCUCUGCAGCCCCUGCAGCCCCCUGGCUGGCCCGGCGCAGCCCCCCUCCCGGGCCCAGCGUUCCCGCUCCCUGCCCCAGCACAAGCUCGGCUCCCAGCUGCCCAGCUGGUCCCUGGCCCCCGCCUCCCGUCACCAGCGCCGCUGCCCCUUCCUGAGCGGGGAGGAGGACCCCAGGGCCUCCACGCUGCGAGUCGUGGUCUUCGGCUCCGAUCGGAUCUCGGGGAAGGUGGCCCGGGCAUACAGCAAGCUGCGGCGGCUGGAGAGCAACCGUCCGCUCCUCACACGGUUCUUCAAGCUCCAGUUCUUCUAUGUGCCCAUGAAGCGGAGCUGCGGGCCCAGCGCCAGCGCCAGCGCCAGCCCAGCCCCUCGGGGCCAGACGCCGCCGCUCCCCACAGACUCCCCGAGGCACCCCGGCCCUGCGGAGCUGGGUGCAGCCCCCUGGGAGGAAAGCACCAAUGACAUCUCCCACUACCUCGGCAUGCUUGACCCCUGGUAUGAGCGCAACGUGCUGGGCCUCAUGCACCUGCCCCCUGAAGUCCUGUGCCAGCAGUCUCUGAAGGCUGAGUCCCGGCCCCUGGAGGGCUCUCCUGCCCAGCUGCCCAUCCUGGCGGACAUGCUGCUCUAUUACUGCCGCUUCGCUGCCCGGCCGGUGCUGUUGCAGGUCUAUCAGACCGAGCUGACCUUCAUCACCGGGGAGAAGACGACAGAGAUCUUCAUCCACUCCCUGGAGCUGGGUCACUCUGCUGCCACACGCGCCAUCAAGGCUUCGGGUCCUGGCAGCAAGCGACUGGGCAUUGAUGGUGACCGGGAGGCCAUCCCUCUAACACUACAGAUUGUUUACAGCAAGGGGGCCAUCAGUGGACGCAGUCGCUGGAGUAACAUGGAGAAGGUCUGCACCUCCGUCAACCUCAGCAAGGCCUGCCGGCAGCAGGAGGACCUAGACUCCAGCACGGAGGCCCUGACGCUAAACCUGACAGAAGUGGUGAAAAGGCAGAACCCUAAAUCCAAGAAGGGCUUCAACCAGAUUAGCACGUCGCAGAUCAAAGUGGACAAGGUGCAGAUUGUCGGCUCUAACGGCUGCCCCUUUGUCGUGUGCCUGGACCAGGACGAGAGGAAGAUCUUGCAGAGUGUGGUCAGGUGUGAGGUCUCACCCUGCUACAAGCCAGAGAAGAGCAGCCUCUGCCCCCCACCCCAGAGGCCCUCCUACCUGCAGGCGCAGGCUGCACCCGACCUCUGCUCCCUGCUGUGUCUGCCCAUCAUGACUUUCAGUGGAGCUCUGCCCUAG